GCUCAGUAUAAAUUGUGAUUCCAAGCCAACCGGUUGCUUGUUCUACUGGUCGUGCCUCCUUCUGUGCACGUUGUGAUUGCCUCAGUACCUACCUAUAUAAAAUUUCGAAAUUCACGCGAGCACUGUCAACAAAGAACCUACCCAAACCGGCCCAUGCUACUUAGGAACAAUAAUAGUGCCGGUUCUGCCUGUUGGCCAUGUGCGUUUAAUUUCAAAGUGGGAUUAAAUUGCAUAAGAGCUUUCAUGUGAAGAGAACGCCUGCCGUAUACUGCUCAAGUGUUAAACAACCAAUUGCAAAUAUAGUUCGGCUCUAACGGUGCUGCGUAAUCAGUGAAUGUUUUUCUUUUCAAGUCCGGUUAUGUAGACUUAUUAAAUGUGCGAUUUGAAGUAAUCCAAUACAAUAAGUAAAACUAGUGUACAUAUAUAAAAGUGCAUCGUACCUAAAAUUCGCGAUAUUUAUUUAUCUGAUUAAGUUCAGUGUUAGAAACAUGGAUACAGAAUCAUUAAAAAUAUUCAGCAAGUCCAAAUCAACAUUUAAUUGGACAGUAUUCUUCGACAUACUGACAACAAUCGCAGUUAUAACUUUGGUGGUGUUCUGCGAGUUUGGAUCAUUCCCGCAGGUUGUGCAGCGAGGUUACUACUGUGACGACAGGUCUAUUCAACGUUCCUUCACUGGAGACACGGUGGCCACGGGAGUAAUCAUUGCCAGUGGAUUUGUUCCCCUCUUUUUAAUAUGGCUAACGGAGCUAAUAUUUUAUUCUCCCACAUCAUCCUUCGCAUAUAGCAGAUCAAAAGGUCCAAAUAGUCGAUGGUUCACUUCGUGGCUUGAAAGCUGGCACUGGUCUAGAAAGUACGGUAAAGGACUAAUAAUCAAGCUUUUGAUAGUAGACAUAAUGAAGACGUUCUCUGGUGAACAUAGACCUCACUUCCUGGAAACAUGCCUUCCGGACAUCAUUUGUGAAGGAAACGAGUACGUUUCCUCGUACACAUGUACAAACACCGAAUUUCGGCCUUACUUUAUACGAGAUGCUAGUAAAUCCUUCCCUUCCGGACAUUCUUCGGUGAGUGUCUACGGUUCGAUCUUCAUGAUUUGGUACCUGCAAAAACGGAUCCCGAAGAUGACAUCCCUUGUGGCACUUCCAUUGUGUCAAAUUGCGGCGGCCACAUGGGGAAUAUUCUGUUCUUUCUCGCGCAUAAUCGACAAUCGUCACCACUGGUGGGACGUUCUCGCCGGAGCGUUCAUUGGAGUGGUAGCUGCCAGUAUGACGUGCUAUUUCAGUUGCCACAAUUUUGAUAGAACGAAACUGAAAAUCAAGGAGCCAGCUUACAAAGAGCACGACAUUAAUCUGGUUCCUAAUCCUGUGACGUUUAUUGCAUCUCGCGGUGUUAAUGGAACCACCAAUUCCUGAACAUUCCGUCGAUUUAGAAUAGAAUAAGCACUACAGUUGUCAAUUUUUAACAAAACGGAAACCAUAGGUAUUUCAGAAAAUGUAUUACGUUGUCAACGAAUUUACACAAAUCCAUGGGAUUUUUAGUAGCAAAAGUUCAAACAAUGUGAUUGUUUGUUUGCGUGCACGUAUUGUGAUAUUAUAACUAGCCCAGUUUUGUUCGGUAAUCAGACGAGAUAGGUAUGUGCACUACUAGACACCAUUCUAUUACUAACUAGAGAAAACGACACCGGAAAUACGAAUCACUGCGUGGAAGAAUGGCGAUCAACAUAAUGUCAUUGCGUGGCACUGCAAACGUGCACCGGUGUAACUUGAGAUCGGCUUAGCGGUUCAUUAUCCAACUCGUUUAGUCGCUUAGUGGUGUUUCUCAACGUAGCGAAUUUUACUCAUCAUAAGUUGAAGACUGAAAAUGAUUACAGUACAGAGUAUUUUGUUCAGUCACCUAGGAAUUCCCAUGCUUAAUUAUUAAAGACUGGUUUGGACCUUGUAAAAACCAAAUAAUCAUGCUUCAAACGUGCACAUGUGUCCAAAAUGCAUAUCCCUUUGGGCAAGAAACGCGCAGUACCUUCCUUCCAUUCUAGAGUAUGAUUUUCAUUUCAGCUGUAAUCAUUCUGUGAGUAACCUAACCAAACGCUUCCUGACUCAAUAUUAUGGUCAGAUAAGUUAUCACUCAACAUUUGGAGACGUCAAUAAUGAUUGGCUGUAGACAACAUUGUAACAUUUCAUUCAAGAUAAUUUGCGCGUAUCUUGCUUGUAGUUAAUGACUUCGGGAGUAGGUUGUUUCAUCGACAUAAACUUCAGAUUUCACGUCGACUGACACUAUUAAUUCAAUUAGUUCCCUUGCUUAUAAUACUUUAAAAGAUUUAUGUAUAAGCCUAUAGAGGAAUCAUGAACUUUCUCUUUGUUCUUUAUUUCCAUUAUGAAUCAUGAGCUGAUAUUUGUAUGUCUGAUCAGUUUAUGUUUGUUGUGUAUCCGAUAAAAAGACAUUCCAUUAGUCGACACAUUCAUUGGAAUGAAAUAUAGUUCUAAUACUUAUAGGAAAGUUUCAGCUUUAAUCUUACUAUCUUUAUGGCGAUACAAGCAUUGGUCCCAGGAGAAACAUGUGAUUAAUUUGAGACAAUUUUCAGCUGUCGCCAAAUAUUUGUUUUUGUAAUUUUUUCCUAAAGGGCAUUUAUGAAACAUUAAUAAUAUUCUAAUCCUAAGCAUUGAUAUGUAAACUUUUCCGUUGCAUGGAGCUAUUUUGUUGAGCAUAGAGCUCAAACCGAACGGCUAGAAAGAUGAAAACAUACCAAAUAUACCAUUGUGGCCUAAAAUCACCUAAACCAUUAUUCAAAGAAAAAUCAGGAAAAGAACAAUAAGGAAAUCUUUCCUAUUCCGCGUUGAGAAACACUGCUGCUAGUAGAAAAAUAGAAACGAACGAAAAUCUAGAAGCACUAGCGAAUUAGGAAAAAAGUUCAACGCAUAAGAUAAAAGUAAAGUGGUGUAAACAGUUUUAGAUACUUGUAAGUAGUUGGAUCGUAAAAUUAAAAUACGAAAGAAAAGAUAAAUAUGAAUGUGGAAUGAAUGUUAUCAAUAUAAAUGUAUGAAUGAUUUAUGAAUUGUGGAAAUAUUCUAUAUAAUUAUGUUUACAUUUUAACUUGAAAGAUUACACAAACUGAAAACUGAGAAUGUUUCCGUCAUCGUACCUAGUAACUUCAGGAAAUUGAAAAUUUCUUAAAUUAGUUUUAAACCUCAUUAUGACAAUGAUAAAUGUUUGUAAGUAUGAAUAAACUAUUAAUAACAAAACCCACCAUAUAGAAACUGCAAUAAAAAUGUAUUUUCCGAUGUAUGGCCCUUGAAAAAAAUAAACGUAUAGCAAGCCUUAAAUUUA